GACCCUCUUUCAACGGGAUACCACUGUCAGAUCUUGACACGUGGUCACUGUCUUAAACCCAAUAUUCUAAUCAUUGGGACGGCCUAUAUGGAGCCCCGAUUACCCGACCAUUUCCCUAUUGUUGGAAGUGCUUAACCGUUGGUACCCCUCUCUCUCUCCUUUGCGUAUCCGUCCAUCUAAUCAUCACAGGAUUAGCCAUUGUCCAUUGUUUCAUCUCAUCAACUGAGCAAUUCUCUGCUGUUGCCCUAGCUGUGUAGACAGUCUGGAGGCCAAUGUAACUGCUUAGCUAUAUCUCUACUAGUUGGGUAUCAGAAGGCAUAGUGGGAGUAAUGCAUGACAUUGGUUCCAGCAACACGAAUUUGCUCUAUGCAAUUUCAGACAGAAAAUGGAAAGCAAAUACUCAGCAGAGAUGAUGACCUAUUUGGAGAAGCAAAGGAAGGUCCUUAUGGAUGCAUAUUGGUCAAUGUCACACGAGCUACAUAGGCUUCAUGUUAUUGUAGAGGAAUCGAUGUUGAUGCAGAAGUUUAAUGAAGUUAUGUCAGCUCAAGCCUGGUUAAAAAGGGUGACAGUGGAGAAAAUGCUUCAAACAAUAGUGAGAGUGAAAAAUCUGGAGAUUCAGUUUGCAAGCCAAGCCAUCAAACGUAGUAUUGGUGUCAAUCUUUCAGAACUUCUGUCUCACGAAUAUCUUGGAAUGUUAUUUUGAGAGAAUUGUCUGUGAAGCAAACCUUUGCAGAAGGGAUUAUGCAUGUAAGAAGAUUUUUCUGUUUAAAAGCUCAAUCCCUUGUGGUCGGCUUUACAGAUCAUGUUCUGCCAUUCUGCUAUAUUGAGAACCGCAUUUUUGUGUUGUA